GUGCAUACAGCACUUGUCUCAUUCAAAAAGUAUUUCUGUCCGCAUCAAGAAAUUAAAACAAAGUAUAUGACAACUACAAAUUUAGUCAUCAAAUUAAAAUGUUUAAUUACUUUCUCUAACUGGGGCCUGUUGUUGAUUGCAGCAUUUUCAGUUAAUGAUCCGUCGACAGUCAGAGCUGUUUAUUUUUCAUCCACCCUCUGCUCCUCUCUCCCAGCCUCCCACCCCUUCAGUGCGCGAGCGAGAUAGCCCUAUUACGUGUGUGGUCCCCAAGCGAGUGGUUCGGGCGUUUCCGCCUCCGCUCGUUCGUUUUCGUUCUCCAGAACGGCAACAUAACCUACAGAAUCAUGAUGGCGGCUCAACAAAUAGUCAGUGUUGCUCGACUCGCGCCAGUGGCUACACGUGUGUGUUGUGUGCGUUACUAUUGUAACGAAACUCGGUGCCGUUCCAUGUUUCGAACCGUACAGUGCUAGAUAAAAGUGACGAAUUACGGUGUACAAGUGUAUGGUUAUGUGGCGGCGAGUGAUAUGACAGCGUGUGCCGCCAGACGGACUCCGGCCGUCUUCAUGAGGAUACUGGUGACAAGCCUGGCCCCGAGAUCAUGGUGGCUCCCGAUUCCGAGGCUCCUUCGAAUCCUCGGAUAGUGCCAGCUACGCGUGAGAGCCCCUCCGCGGCCGAGGCGCGCCACAGCGCCGAUCUGUAUAUCCGCACCAGCUGGGUGGAUGCAGCACUAGCUCUCUCAGAACUUGAAAAGGGUAACAUCGAAGGCGGUCGCACGUCGCUGUGGAUCCGCGCGUGGCUGCAGGAGCAGCUGUUCGUGCUCGGGUGCUUCCUGCAGGGGGACGCGGGGAAGGUGCUCUUCGUGGCCAUCCUCGUGCUGUCCACCUUCUGCGUCGGCCUCAAGUCUGCGCAGAUACACUCGCGCGUCGAUCAGCUCUGGGUUCAAGAGGGUGGCAGAUUAGAAUCGGAACUGAAGUAUAUCGCUAAGGCCUUGGGCGAAACAGAUUCUUCAACGCACCAGCUCAUUAUCCAGACUGCUAAAGACCCGGAUGCGUCACUACUUCACGCGAAAGCACUCCUUGAUCAUCUAGAGGUGGUUAAGGCAGCAACUAGGGUAACGGUUCAUAUGUAUGACACUGAGUGGAGGCUCAAAGACCUCUGCUACAGUCCGAGUAUACCCGAUUUCGAGGAGUAUCACAUAGAAAAGAUCUUCGAAAACAUCAUCCCGUGCGCCAUUAUCACGCCACUUGAUUGUUUCUGGGAAGGAUCCCAAUUGCUAGGCCCGGAUUAUCCGAUAUCUGUACCUUUCCUUCAACACAAACUAAAAUGGACGCAGCUAAACCCACAAGAGGUGUUAGAAGAAGUAAAAGGACUGAAGAUCCAGUUCCCGCUGAGCACGAUGGAGGCGUACAUGAAGCGAGCUGGUAUCACGUCCGCCUACAUGAAGAAGCCGUGCCUGGACCCCACCGACACACACUGUCCAGACACUGCGCCCAACAAAAACGGCCAGAUUCCAGACGUGGCGGCCGUGCUGUCGAACGGGUGCUACGGGUUCGCAGCGGCGUACAUGCACUGGCCGGAGCAGCUGAUAGUGGGCGGGGUGACACGCAACAACACGUCGGCGCUGCGCAGCGCGCGCGCACUGCAGUCCGUCGUGCAGCUGAUGGGCGAGCGCGAGAUGUUUGAGUACUGGUCCGAGAGCCACAAGGUGCACCAUGUCGGCUGGAACCAGGAGAAGGCCGCUAGUAUACUCGACGCCUGGCAACGAAAGUUUGCAACUGAAGUAAGAAAGACUGCAGCCUCAGUAUCACCUUUGUACACCUUCCACCCGUUCUCCACGUCAACUUUAAACGACAUCCUAGGAAAAUUCUCCGAACUAUCCCUUAAGAACAUUGUUGUAGGAUACAUGAUCAUGUUAAUUUAUGUUGCCGUUACGUUGAUGCAAUGGCAGGAUCCCGUCCGUUCUCAAGCAGGAGUAGGCAUUGCCGGAGUACUUCUACUUUCCAUGUCAGUUGCCGCUGGAUUAGGCUUUUGUGCCCUAUUAGGUAUUCCAUUCAAUGCAACGAGUACACAGAUCGUGCCCUUCUUAGCAUUGGGUCUAGGCGUGCAGGAUAUGUUCCUUCUUACGCAUACGUACGUGGAACAGUCGGGAGACGUGCCACGGGAAGAGAGAACCGGCCUGGUGCUAAAGAAAAGUGGCCUGAGCGUCUUACUGGCGUCGCUUUGCAAUGCCAUGGCGUUCUUGGCUGCUGCACUUCUACCAAUACCAGCGCUUCGUGCCUUCUGUCUUCAGGCAGCUAUCCUCUUACUAUUCAACCUAGGAUCGAUGUUGCUGGUAUUUCCGGCGAUGAUCUCUUUGGAUCUGCGACGGCGAUCGGCUGCCCGUUCCGACUUGUUGUGCUGCAUAAUGCCAGAAAGCCCGCUCCCCACUCGAGUCAAACGGACGAGUGGAAGAUCCACUACACGUAGUGGAAAGACUGACAAGAAUGCUGUGAAAGAUACAAGUAGACAGCCUUUAGACCCAGACAAUGGAGGAGCUGAAGCAAAGAAACCGUGUUGUUUGAGCCUGUCUCUCACCAAGUGGGCGAAGACUCAUUACACACCAUUUAUCAUGCGGCCUGACGUUAAGGUGACGUCAAUGCUAGCGUUGAUCGCUGUCAUCUUAGCCAGUGUCUGGGGAGCGACGAAGGUUAAAGACGGACUCGAUCUAACUGACAUUGUACCUGAAAACACUGAUGAACAUGAGUUCCUGUCACGGCAAGAAAAGUACUUCGGCUUCUAUAAUAUGUACGCAGUCACGCAAGGCGAUUUCGAAUAUCCCACGAACCAGAAGCUUCUUUACGAGUACCACGAUCAGUUUGUACGGAUACCGAACAUCAUAAAGAACGACAAUGGAGGACUUACAAAGUUCUGGCUGAGUUUGUUCCGCGACUGGCUGUUAGAUCUUCAAGAUGCAUUCGACAGAGACUUCGCUAACGGGUGUAUAACAUCCGAGUUUUUCCACAGUAAUGCAAGCGACGAGGGCAUACUGGCAUACAAACUUCUAGUACAAACCGGACACGUGGACAAUCCCAUCGAAAAGGCCCUCAUCAAGGAUGUGAAGAACGGCCACCGACUAGUCGACAAGGAGGGCAUAAUUAAUCCGAAGGCUUUCUACAACUACCUGUCUGCGUGGGCUACUAACGAUGCUCUGGCUUAUGGCGCAUCCCAAGGAAACCUGAAACCUCAACCAAAGAGAUGGACACACCUUCCUAAAGACGAAAAUUUGAAUAUUCCAAAAUCAUCGCCGCUUAUUUACACCCAGCUCCCAUUCUACCUGUCCGGCCUCACGGACACUGAGAACAUAAAGAACAUGAUAAUGUCGGUGCGCGAGCUGUGCUUGAAGUUUGAGGCAAAGGGGCUAGCCAACUUUCCAUCUGGGAUCCCGUUCCUGUUCUGGGAGCAAUACUUAUAUCUGCGGACGUCAUUGAUGUACGCAUUGGGGUGCGCUUUAGCUGCAGUUUUUAUUGCGGUAAUGGUGCUCCUGCUGAACGCGUGGGCGGCGCUGCUGGUGACGCUGUCGCUGGCGCUGCUGGUGCUACAGCUGGUGGGCACCAUGGCCGCUCUCGGCGUCAAGCUGUCCGCCGUGCCCGCCGUGCUGCUCGUGCUCGCCAUCGGCAGGGGCGUGCACUUCACCGUUCAUCUUUGCUUGGCCUUCGUAACAUCCAUCGGCUGCCGUCGUCGGCGCGCGAUGCUGGCCGUGGAGGCGGUGCUGGCGCCCGUGCUGCACGGCGCGCUGGCCGCGGCGCUGGCGGCCUCCAUGCUCGCCACCAGCGAGUUCGGCUUCGUCGCCCGUCUCUUCCUGAGGCUGCUGCUUGCGCUCGUUAUCCUCGGCCUGAUCAACGGACUCCUGUUCUUCCCUAUCGUGCUGGCGCUGUUGGGGCCCGCUGCUGAGGUUCGACCUCUAGAGCACCCUGAGCGACUAUCAACUCCGUCCCCGAAAUGCUCGCCCAUAGCGAGUCGAAAAUCGAACUCUGACAAAUCUCGCAACAAGCCGUCGCCUCGCUCAUGCGCUCCUUCGCUCACCACCAUCACCGAGGAGCCGAGCUGGCACAGCUCGGGUCAAUCUGCGCAGUCCUCCAUGCAGUCCAUCGUGGUGCAACCAGAGGUGGUUGUCGAGACGACUACGUAUAACGGGAGUGACUCGAAUAGCGGCCGCUCUACGCCGACCAAGACUUCGCACUCUGGAUCUAUUACGACUAAGGUGACCGCCACAGCUAACAUAAAGGUGGAAGUGGUGACACCCAGUGACCGAAAAUCUCGACGCUCGUACCACUACUACGACCGCGACCGCCGCCGGGACCGCGACGACGAACGUGACCGCGACCGAGACCGAGACAGAGACCGGGACAGGGACCGAGAUCGGGACCGGGAUCGCGACAGAGAUCGCGAGAGAGACCGGGAUCGGUCCAGGGACAGACGGGACCGGUAUAGAGAUGAAAGGGAGCACCGCGCCUCGCCGCGCGAGAACGGACGAGACUCGGGCCACGAGAGUGACUCGUCGAGGCAUUGAACAUUCGAACUAAGCAACUUGACACCCUCAAGUGUGUAGUUUCAUAAUUGUGAAGUAAGACUUUAUCGCAUUAUUUGUUUUCUUUGGAUCUGAUCGUUAUAAGUAGGAAACGAUAUCUCUGUCUAAAGUUACACAAUCGUGUCUGUGGAUCGUAAGACGUCUUGAGGUGCGUAGCGAUGUUUGUAUUCAAAGCCUUGAGGCAGUAUUACAAAGAUUGUAAUUUUAAGCUAACAAUUCAUGAAAAUAACAAUUAGAUACAGUGGAGGCUACAAUAAUUUGUUUUGAAAGUGCUGGUUUGUAUUUAAGCAGCCAUUUCAAUACUGGGACCAAGGGGAGUUAAAAUUAACAAAUUUAACAGUUGGCUUAAUAAUAUUGUCGUACUUAGGUAUGUUUUUGUGUUCUUUGAAGUGUACUUUACACUCUUCUAAAUCCGCUACACGGUUAGAAAUUUGCUAAUUAAACUCCCCGUGGCUCUAGUGAUAUUGUUGGAUGAAGUCAUUCCACGAAUGCACUAGUGUUUGUAGCGGUGACGCGUGAUUCAGUGUGAACUCGAGGUUGAAUCUUAAAAGACCAAAUAUCAUUUUAAUUCUGUGUGUUCCUAUUUUAAAGACAUUUCCAUUUGUCUCCAUAAUGCUUCCUGUUAUAUUUUAUACCUUCUCUAAAGACUGUGGUCAAAUAUUAUUAUUAUGUAAUUUAUGAUAUUAUUUAUUUUACGUUUAUGAUUAUUCUUUCACCAGUGAAGUCUGUUAGAAAUCUCAGAUUUAUUGUACAAAUUAUUUAGUUACUCGUAGCGUUAGGUUAAGAAGCUAUUUAUGAGAUUACCUAGAUAUCUAACUGUAAUUUGUGAUCUUUAGGUAAACGUUCAUAUAAAAUUGUGAAGACUGCAUUUAACGAUCAAAACACAGUAUUCAGAGUACAAGGUAAGUAUAAACGCGCGGGCUCCGGCCGCGGCCGGCGCCGACCUCAUACAUAAGGGAACUAACCAAUAACGUUGUGACAUUUUGUGCAAAGUACUUAUUAGAUUAUAUUAAUUUAUACGCAUAUAACAUAAUGAUAUUCUGUAAAUAUAGUUUUAGUAUAACUAGGCGGACGAUGUUUGGCUGCGAAUAACAAGUUAUUUUAAUACUAUAGUUCGUUUUUUUAGCAUUAGAAAUAAGGUAAGCAAUCUUGAUGUGUCUUUUAAUUGAAAAACACAUUUUAAAAAUAAGUCACGGCAAAUAUGUAACAAUUAUGAAUCUAAUACGAUCAUUUAUAUUCUUCUGCUUUCAUAAGUAAUAGUUAUUGAUUUUUAAAAAGCGAUUUUCAAUUAAAAGUCAUGUCAAAAUCGCUUAUCUUCUUUCAAGUUCUUUCUAAUGCUAAAAAAAACGAACAAUAGCGAAUGGCAACUGUUGAAAUACACGCACAAAUAUUUGUAUAUCAGGGUAGCUAUGCUCCUCGCUACUGUCAAACUUCGGAAAUUUGUUUAAUUUUGUAAUAACUGGUUAUUCGCGGCCGGACGACUCGUCUGCAAGGCGGAACGUUUACACCUAGGUAAGCGAGGUGCCUACGACGAGUAGUGCACCAUUGUAUAGUUUAUUUUUAUACAAUUUUAACUGACGUAUUGUCGAAAAACUAUAGGUUGUAAUGUAAAUGAGUUGUGUUUGCUCUUAUAGGUAUUUGACCCAACGAACAGCUUAUAUUCAGCAAUUAGUCGCCAGGGAAGUGUUGUUUCUGGGACUUUAAAUCUUUGAUAAUAAAAGGUAACUUAUUCAAACAGUAGAACACUUCAGUGGUGAGUGAUUAGCCUUCUCCUUAUUUCUAAAUUAAUUCCUAUUGAGCAUUAAUGUGACAGCAGCUACUGCCCCAGUGUUUUUUUACGACAACGUAUAUUACUGUAAUUGAAUAUGAGAUUUUAAUAAAAAUAUUUUUACUUGAACAAAACACUUGACAAUAAUUUUAAAGGAAAGUUAAACUGUCACUGUAUUGAGAAAAUAAAAUAAUUUAAACUUA